CAUCUGGAUUAAGUCACGAUACAAAGAACUACAAAUGUCAACCAAUCCACAUCGUUCAAUUCACAUCGUUUUAAACCACGCCUGCUGUUGAGCAAGCACUGCAUCGGACAGAUAUACCCCAGUGCCUUUCAUGUGUAAGUGUGCAAACGUGAGCAAUGUCUGCAAACAGAGAAGAAAUACACACCAAUCUCAUCGACGAACCUGACGAUGACUGCAGCAGUCCAGAGGUGCGAUAUUCAGUAUUUCAGAACCCAGAUAAACGAAGCAAGCAGUUUUGCCAGGAUCCUUUCAAGGUGGCCACAGCAUGCCUGACUGCCUUCUGCCUCGUCUUACUCAUGAUCCUGCUGCUCACAAAUGUUCACAGGGAUAAGGCACGUUCAUCCGAUCAGGAUUCCCCGUUCAGCGCUGCUGUAUCACACAUGCAGAAGAGCUGCGCUAACGUAACGGCACUGACUGAAGAACUGCAGGCUGUGAAGAGAGAAAAGAGUGAACUGGAGAAAGAACGGAUGCAGUUGAAGAAAACAAUCGCCGAGCUUGAGGCAACCCCUGCACCACAAACCACUCCAGUACCAGUGAAGAAUCCCUGUCCUGAAGACUGGAAACACUUUAACGACAGCUGUUACUACGUCUCAGAAUACGGAAGGAGCUGGUCGGACAGUCAGCAGUACUGCCAAAAAGUAGGAGGACACCUGGCCAUCAUCCUCACAGCUGAAGAACAGACAUUCAUAUGGAACCUGCUGCCCCGUGGAUACUGGAAAUCUUACUGGUUCGGCAUAAGUGAUGAAAAAGUAGAAGACGAGUGGUACUGGGUGGAUGGAACUAAACUGGUAGAAAGUUUCUGGGAAGAAGGUGAGCCCAACAAUCACGGUAAUGAAGACUGUGGCUACAUUGUAAAAACAAAUGUUUUAAGCCGUGUGGCUACAAAGAGCUGGUAUGACGCGCCCUGCGUUAUGUCCUUGCCCUGGAUCUGUGAGAAGCUGCAGUCCUCUUGAACUUCAUCUUCACCACCAUCAUCAACAGACGCUCAUUGAUCAUUAGUAGCACAAGCUGUAAUGAGAUUUUCAUAGCAUUUUGAAUGUCUGCAGUCAUGGGCCAAAAAAAGCAAUUCAUUUUUUUUUU